CACACGACCGAACCUCGAGGGAAUACAGACUUUUCUCCUGAAUGAGUUCUGGAGCACCAUACUACACUAACCAUGCUAGGAGCAAGACCACGAGCAAGGCGAUCCAAGGACAGUGAAAAUGGUUACCAGUCACAAUGGGAUGGCGUGCUGCCUGUACCCAAACUCAGCUUCUCGGUGGCAUCUGUCCUCGUCUUCUGUCUGGCGGUACUGUGUUUCGCGAACAGUCGUGAUGGGGAGUUCGUGUUUGACGACUUGUGGGCCAUCAUCAACAACCGAGAUGUAUUACCCGAAACUUCACUCACCGCCGUAUUUGCUCAUGAUUUCUGGGGACAGGUGUUGGAUGAGAAAAGUCACAAGUCCUACAGACCACUUACUGUGAUGACCUACAGGUGGAACUAUGCCUGGGCAGGUGGCCUUCAUCCUCGGGGCUUCCACGUUGUCAACAUCGUCCUGCACGGCUUGGUGUCGGUCAUCUUCCUGGCAGUCUUCUCUGUCCUCAUGUCUGGUUACCAGGUGGACCAGGAAUCUGCCAGACCGGUGUUUGCCUCGCCCCGAGCUUCUCUCCUGUGUGCUGUGUUGUUUGCUGUGCAUCCCAUUCACACUGAGAGUGUUGCUGGGGUCGUGGGUCGGGCUGACCUGCUCUGUGCCUUGACCUUCCUUCUAUCAUUCCUCCUGUAUGCCAGGGCCUGCCUCUCGCCUUCAUCCAUAGUCGGUUACCGUCCCGAGUCCUUCUCCCUUGUGUCUCUACUGGCCAGUAUGUGUCUGUGUGUCGUGUCCACCUUCUGUAAGGAGCAGGGCAUCACUGUUAUAGGUGUCUGCAGUGUGUUUGACAUCAUCGUUGUGUGUAGGGUGGAUCCUUUCCAAUGGCUGUCACAUAAGCACUACAUGUUCAACAAACAGGUUGUCAAGGCACGCUUGCAACCAUGGAUGAGGAGUCUCAUCAAGCGUCACCUCAUCCUCCUCCUGGCCGGCGUGUCUCUCCUCAUCACUCGAAUAUGGAUCAUGGGAUCUACAACACCCAUAUUCUCAGAUGGUGACAAUCCGCACUCUUUAGUAAAUGGAAGUGUAUUGAAAGUCUUGAACUACAACUAUCUCUAUGCAAUGAACACUUGGAUCCUUUUAAACCCGUGGUGGCUGUGUUUUGAUUGGUCGAUGGGCUGUAUACCUGUCAUCACCUCAUUGGCUGAUCCCAGAAUACUGGCAGACCUAUCUCUCUGGGCUGUCUUUGGUGUGUUACUAUUCCAUUGUUGGAAUGGUGAUCUCAACAGUAUCCGCCGCAUCCUGAUAAUUUCACUAGCCAUGAUUGGGAUUCCCUUCCUGCCCGCCAGCAACCUGUUUUUCCGUGUGGGCUUCGUGAUCGCAGAGAGGAUCCUGUACCUGUCCUGUGCUGGCUUCUGUAUGUUGGUGGUGCUCGGGGCAAGGCAGAUCUGUUUUCACUUCCACUCAACUGCUAAACAGAUAGUUACAGCUGGCUUCACGUUCCUCAUAGUUAUAUUUGCUCUUCGGUCAAUACAGAGAAACAACGACUGGAGAUCUCGCAUUGCAUUGUUCACAUCAGGCGAUAAAGUAUGCCCAGAGAAUGCAAAGAUUCAAUUUGGACUCGGCGGCUAUCAUGAAGCAAUCAACAAUACAGACUAUGCCAUGAUGAAAUACAGGCGAGCCAUCGAACUGAAUCCCAUCGAUGCCAAAUCAAUGCUCAACCUGGCCGUGAUUCUCAGACGAAGAGGAGAUGUCAUUGAGGCUAAACAGCUGCUGGAGAGAUCUAUCAGUAUCAAUUCGCAUAGUGCGGUUGCAUGGAUGAACCUGGCUGUUGUGCACUCCGAGCUGAACAGGACUGAUUUGGCCGAGGCCAACUUUCUUGAGUCUAUUCGACAAAACGAUACCUACUCAGACUGCUACUUUAACCUAGGUAAUCUGUAUCGAGACACGGGACGGCCGACAGAGGCGGUCGGUGCGUGGGGGAAUGCUACACAUAUUUACCCCCACUACACGUCAGCCUGGAAAAACUCCAUCCUGCUUCUUGAUGAUCUGGGGAAGUACGACCAUGCUAUUGAGGUUGGUAAGGAAGCACUGAAGGCACUUCCUCGUGACACAGACCUGAUAUUCCGCCUGGCCAAUAUUUACAUCCUGGCAGAUAAGUACAAGGAGAGUGAGGACCUCUUCCUGGCUGGUAUACAGAUAGACGAACACAGCGCCCGAUUCCAUCACAAUCUAGGUGUAUUGUAUCAUCGAUGGGGAAGGAAUGAGAAAGCCGAAGCAGCCUUCGCGAGAGCAGUUAAACUAAACCCAAAUGAUGCGACGUACCUUAAAAACCUGCGGUUGAUUCAAGCAAAAAUUAGGCCUAACGUAUAGGCCAUACUCAACAAGACCAUACCAUGUCCACACAACACGAACAGUUAAAACUAGCUGUGAUUAUGUACCUCACAACUAAGCAUGGUCAGUAUCAUGAUGUCAUUGAUGUCACAAGGCGAUGUGCAGAACAGUGUGUUUGUGAAGUAUUGGAAUAAACUAAUCAAUAAUCAAGAUCGUCAAUAAUGAUCGUCAGGAUUAUGUUUCGGAGUGAGUGAAUGAGCUUUCAACAGUAUUCCAGUUAUAUCACGGCGUGUCAGCUAAUGUGGGAGGAAAGCCCGAAGUCAUGCAAGUCUCAGACCUUUACCACUUUAGUUAAACCCACGAGCACGUGUAUGGUGCUGAAAAACCGAAGAACAUAAUCGGGUUGUACCCGGAUUAAAAUCCACAAUCAUAGGUUUCUGGUGUGCCAAAGGGACGCAACUCUGCACAGCGAAGUGCGGCGCCUUAUAAACCUUGGCCACCCGUGCCCCAUUAUGUUUCUGAGGAUUGCUAGACCAGGGAAGAAUAAA